CUAUUUAUUUAUUUGUAGUUAUCUAUUCACUUAUUACUCAUGUAGGUAUUUUAAAUUCAAGUUAAAAUCAAACAACGUCCAGAUAAUUACCACAAUUAUUUCAUUUACAUUAUUAUAAAAGUAAUAAAAUAGACAUUGACGGAUAUAAAAAAAAUGUAAGAACCGUCUAUCUUUUUAACUUUUUCGGUGUAACAUAAAAUUGUUACAAUCAUGAGUUCAGGAUUUGUUUCGGAAACAGAGCUUGCUGAACGCCGCAGAAUCCGUCAAGAAGAAUGGGAUAAAGUUAGAACAGCUGACCAACCUUUAGUGGUACCUGAAGAACAGUAUGAUCACCGAUCGUUGUUCGAUAGACUUGAAGAACAACGCAGAAAAAAAGAAUAUGAAUACGAAGAAACCCAUAAACUCAAAAACAUGAUUAGAGGAUUGGAUGAUGAUGAAGUAGGAUUUCUUGAACUGGUUGAUAAGACAAAAAUGGAUGAAGAAAGACGUCAACUAAUUGAAGAGGCCAGACAGAUUGAAGAAUUUCGUUCAAAAGUAUCAACUCUUCAAUGUGAAACUACAGUUUCUCCGUUAGCAGUCACUAUUUCUAAACCACAAACUUUGAAAAAUAAUGUAACAAGAAAAACACAGAGUAAACUUUUGGCUGGUGCAAUCGUAAAGAAAAGAACAUAUGAGGAAACUACUAAUUCUUCAAAAAAACUUAAACCUACCAUUGAUGAUUCUAAAAUAUUACCAGAGAAAUCAACAGGUGAAACUAAAUCUAAUAUUUUACCAGGUCUUGCAUAUUCAGACAGCUCUGAUAGCGAAGAUGACUAGUUCCUUGUAUACAAUUUAGCAUUUUAUGUAAAAUUAUUAUUUUAUAUUGGUGUUAUAAUUUUGAAAUAAUUUUAAUUGCAU